UGACAGUGACACGGUGACCACAGAAGGAUAACUAAAGGAUCUAACUGAGCGUAACCUGAAGAAACACUGGAGAAAGAAGAGGGAGAGCAGAAGGGAGACGAUAAAUUAAGCGAUCAAGUGAUGACAUAGCCAAAGAAAUGAAGAUCCAACAGCUGAAUGAAUGUGUGGAAAUCUUGAGCUUUAACUAGCAUACCUAAGAAAAGGGACCAUUCCCUUCACAACCAAAGUACAUCUAUACCAAAGCAACUUAUACCAAAUUCUACCAAACCAACCUAAAGUUCUAAAGGCUGAAUCUUUUACCUACUAUAUAAACUGUACUGUCAAGAUGAAACUGGAAAGCACACCUGGAGACAUAAGUGGAUGGAGAGAGGUGGACUUCGCUCUCAACUGCACCUACAUUGUGCCAGACCAAGUGUCAGACCCCAGCUUCAACCUGCCCAAAGCCAUGACCUCCAUCCCACGCAAUCUCACGUUCGAUUAUGGCAAUGACAAUGAGGUCACAGGCAUAUUCAGCAAGGAAUAUAUUCCUCAGGGGACUCGCUUUGGCCCCCUGCAAGGAGACAUCUAUACCAAAGACAGCGUACCCAAACAGGCUAACAGGAAAUACUUCUGGAGGAUUUAUAGUGGCGGGCAGCUUCAAAACUUCAUAGAUGGCUAUGAUGUCAACAGAAGCAAUUGGAUGCGUUAUGUCAACCCGGCCCGCUCUUUGGCUGAACAGAACCUGGUUGCAUGUCAGAAUGGCCGGGACAUUUAUUUCUACACCAUCAGACCAGUGGAGCCCAAACAGGAGCUGCUGGUCUGGUACAGCCAAGAGUUUGCCCAGAGGCUCUGCAGCCAACAGGACAACAUUAAACAGAAAUACAUGAGUGCUGAUGAAGACAGUGAACCAGAGUACACCAAGCAGCACCUACCUCAGCAGACGUGGCUUAAAGAGAGAACAAAAGAAGAGGUGAAAGAGGAAAGAGAUGAAGACGGAGAGGAAAAAAUUGAUGUGGAGAUUCUGGAAAGAGACACUCCACCUGACACACCCGACGACCAGAUAAUGGACUUCAGCAAAAAGGUUGAGAAGGAGGAGAAAAGUAGUAGUGAUCGAGAAGACCAGGGAAUUAUUCCUUCCCCUCAGCCUGAACACAGAGAACCCAGCUUGGCCUUGAAUCCCUCGUACUUACCAGAUCACCACCCUGGAAUCCCAUCAGCACAUCGGAACUUCCCCCUUCACCUUCACGGCUUGUACGGACACAGGGAGGGCCUUGUGUCAUCAUACCCUCUUUACCCACAAUCCCGACCCCUCCAGCCCACUUACCAGCUCCUUCCUCCUUAUGGCUCACACUAUCCUCGCCUCCUCCUACCCCCAUAUUCCCCUCCCUUCCCUGGGAUGCUGCCCUCCAGAGGACCCCUCCGAUACAGCAAUUACUUGGGCACAGAUGGGCUUCCAUACCCGACGAUCGGCCCACCGAAUCUUCUCCCAGUGUCACUCCCUUACCCUCCGUCUCCACAGGGCGGUCUUAAAGAACUAACACCAAAUGUGUCCCCACCCCGAGGUGCUCCGGCCACCCCAGAGCUGUCUCCCCUCCCCAAGCCCAGCAGCCAACAUCAGUCCCCAGAACACUCCCCCUCCAGCUGCGAGGAGGCCAUGAACCUAAGCCUGCCUACAACCAAAAGUAACACAGCGCCACGCAACGGGCCUGGCCACAAAUCCCUUCCCUACCCACUGAAGAAGCAGAACGGGAAGAUUAAAUAUGAAUGUAACGUCUGCAUGAAAACUUUUGGACAGCUGUCUAAUCUCAAGGUACAUCUCAGAGUCCAUAGUGGGGAAAGACCCUUCCAGUGUAACCUAUGCAAAAAGAGCUUUACUCAACUGGCCCACCUCCAGAAACAUCACCUGGUCCACACGGGGGAGAAACCACAUGAAUGCCAGGUGUGUCACAAACGCUUCAGCAGCACCAGCAACUUGAAAACACACCUGCGGCUACAUUCUGGGGAAAAACCGUACCAAUGCAAGCUGUGCAGCACCAAAUUCACCCAGUACAUCCACCUCAAACUUCACCGUCGACUUCACAGCAGCCGGGACCGCCCGUACAGCUGCCAGCUCUGCGCCCAGGCCUUCUUUCACCGCUUCUCCCUGCGCAUUCACCAACGCAGCUGUUGCCUGGUGAACUCAAACACCCCUGUCAACGCGAACAUGAAGGAGAUGAUUGAGAGGUUCGACGCCAGCCAAGAAGCUGAUACACUUGCGGAAACUGCAUCUGCGCCGCAAGUGGAGGAAGCCGUAGAGCGUUGGUUGGCCCGUACUCUCGAAGGUGAGGGGAAGGAGGACCAGAAGGAAGCGACCGUACUUCUGAAAGCUCUAGCUGCUGUUAUUCACGCACCAGCGAUGCCAAUGGGCCAAACAGCUGCACCUCCGUCACACCACAACACUCCUCUGGCAUAUCAGGAGAGAGCCAGUGUUGUUCACCUCCACAAACGGCCCUCGAUGAAGACUGAAGCACAGUGAGAAUGAACUGAAGAACACUUUUAGGGACAUUAUACACAGUUCGCUUGCAGCCAACAAUCAAGAAUACAGUCGCCAAAUGAAAUAUCCCCUUUCAUCCAAAGAAGGAAACAAACAGGGACUAUAAAUAUGAAAAAAAAAAAAAAAUACAAUGAGCACAGCACCAAAAGAAGAGCGUUCCAAAGACUGGGCUAGGAUAUUUAGUGUUUGGUACUUCCUCCCGAAACUCAGUGGGAAAACAAUAAAAAAGAGGGAGUGUGUUGUUAAGCUGUGAAUAAUUUAAACUCUUUUCACUCAGGUAGACAUAUGUUUGCUUCUUUUGUGCUUUAACUUAUUACGUGUUAAAAUUUUGAGUCUUCUAUAUUUAUUUAGUUGUAUCAUAGUUUAUUUUUGUUAAUGCUUUUUUUUUUCUCCUUUUUUUUCCUGUGUGUUGACAUUUCCAAGGAGAUUCGAUUUCUUAGGAAAAACCACAAAUUGACUCAGGACUAAUAAUGUAGCAUGGGUCUGUGUUUAAGUGUUCACUUGUCACAGUUCUGUUGUCUAUUGUUUUACUUUGUUUGCAAGUGUGUUUGAGCUUCUGGGUGCAUGGGCAUAAUGAAUGGAAGUAUUUAUGUAAGACAAGGCACUGUGGUAGCACAAACCACCUUCCUGACAAGUUUGCAACUGUUUUAUUUAUUUGUGAAUAAAAGGGAAAGAUUCAGUAUCUCAAAACUUAAAUAUGCAUUUGCCAAAAUUACAGUCACAGAAGAUGAAUGUGUAGCAUUGCUCUUUUGGACCAUUAUUAUCUUUUAUUAAAGUUAAGAAGAGAAGAAACUAAUCCAAAUAAAGUAUUGAUCACCUUUUUAGUAACUGUGCAGAAACUACCUGUGAAGUAUCUUUGUUAUUAAAGUUUUAAAAGAUACACUGUGCUGGAAAUAAGCAAAUACCACCAAAAAUAAUGAAUGGGAUGUGACAGAUCAUACAGGUGAACAGCACAUUAAAUCAGGAGAAGAAUGACUUUCUUUCUUUCUUACUGUUGUUUUUACAUCAAAACUAAAUGCUGUGUCACAAAGUGCACUGCUAUGUUUGUAUCAUGUUAAAUGUUUCAGGUAUGCCUUCCACAGAAAGCUUUACAAUAACUGUUUGUCCACAUGAGCUUCACCAAAUCUUAAGUCUCAUCCAAGUAGAGUGCGUAUAUUUAUUUUCUGUUUUCUGCAAAUUCAAACACAUCAACAGGACACACUGUCAGUACCUCAUCAUGAGCAUUUACCAGUAAAUAUGAGCAACAAACGAGUACAAUCGCAUUAAAAUAAAAGGCAAGCACAGAGGUGGGAGCCAUUGUUUAGAACUUUACUACUGAGUCAAUAAUAUACUUUUUUUUCGUCAUUUUGUAGUUUUUAUUUCUGUACAGUAUGUUUUCUGUCUAUGUAGUUUAUUCUUGGAGGUUAUGAGAUGUUAAGAAUUUAUAUGUGAGAGACUAUUUUGAUGAUACUUUUAUAUUAACCUGAUGUAGCAUAUUAAAGAUAUUGUUUCUAUA